CCCCGAAAGAGAUUGCAUUACUCUAUUCUUUUUCAUAUAAAACAGACACGAUGCUUUUAAUCUUAUUUCUGAUUACAAUGUUGAGAGAAGGAUGUCAUAGCACUGAGGACCAGCGAGGAUCUGAUGUGACUUUGCGAUGUGAUGUCCCACUCCUGUCUGAAUCCUCAACAUUACAGUGGAUUAAAGAAAGCGGUCAAGCGUCCAACACAACUCUUGUGUACAACAACUCUGCUUACAUCAUCUUACACAAUGUUGAUGAACACACUAAAGGAAAAUAUUACUGCAGGUUAACUGAAGAUGAAAGUGUAAAAACGGUUAUGAAUCACACAGUUGCUGUCACUCCAUAUUCACAAAAUAAAAAGCUUACCAUUUACAGACAAAGCUUGAGUGAGUUAUCACUGAUCUGCAAGUCUAAAAAGGAAUACCACAGGUUGAUGUGGAUCAAGUUGGGGCCUAAUUCAAAUACCAUAUUAAUAGCUGUAGAAAAAGGAGGACAAGUUCAAGCUAAAGGACCAAUUAAACCAGGAAGUAAAACUUCUACCACAUACAAUAGUCAAAUGUUUCUCUUUCAUAUCUCACCUGUGAAGUUUAAUUAUAGUGGAACAUACAAUUGUAUUGUGAAUGAUACAAUUUACUACACAGGCACAAUCCUUUACACCAUUAGAGGUUUGUAAAAAGUUAUAUUUUUUGUUAUUUUACUUUUCAUGAGCAUAGUUCAAUAUGUGAGUAAAUUAUGUCAUCAUUUUCAUUUUUGGGUGAAUCCCUUUAAUUUCAGUCUUUGCAGAGCCUCCUGGUGGUGUGUUGAUGAAUCAGUCUGUUGUUCUUACCUGUGAGGUGUCUGAUGUUACUGAUUUAAUGAUGCUGGCCUGGCUCAUCAUGGAUGGGGACAGGGGAGUGCUGGUCAAACAACAAAUUCUGAAUAAGAAAAACUCCAAGAAACGUCUCACUGUGAAUGUGAACAGCAUUCAGUCAGACAUGCAACAUUGGCAGUGUGCAGUAUUUACUGAGAACAAACUAAAAGCCUUGGCUCCUAUAACAAUCAAUCUGAUCUCAAAUGAUCCAGGUAAAUCAACAGAGACACCCACUUCAACAUAUCAAGACGACACCUGGACACAGGACAGCCACGUACAGACUAUGAUCCUUCUGGCCUGUUCUGUCACUGUCUGUGUGCUGAUUCUGCUGGGACUUCUAGUUUUUAAAUGUCAGCGAAAAACAUUUGCUGGUGAUGGGACAUCUAUGACUGAGAUGAGACCUUAUAGCAACACUUCUCAGACUGACCCUGUGGGGACAGCUGAAGGUCGUGACAUUGUGCUGAAAUCCCGAGAGGAAGAGGAGGAGCUGCAUUAUGCUUCAGUGACUGCAGGAUGUAUUCAGGGAGCCGACAGCUUGUUAGGAACGAAUGCAAGUUCAAAGGUGUUGGACAGCAGCAGCCCAGUCAUCUACUCUGCUAUUAAAAUACAUUCAUUGUAAAUUCUCAGUGUCUUGACUCAUA